AUGUCUUCUGUGAUAGCAAAGCCAUACCCAAAGUCCAAAGAGCGCCAGCAAGCAACAUGCUCAUCAAAACCUUCAUAUCAUGCAUGUCCAGUCAUUUACUUGGGGAAGACAGUAUCCAACUACCUUAAUGGAGUGUGCACUUGGCACAUAGUCCACAGCAUACCAUGGUCACUCAAUGACAUUGAAAUAGAAGCCAUGCUCAAAGCGGCUAUGUUGCUCACGCCCACCUCCACAAAAUGUGAUAAAUGGGACCCUUACACCAUCGACCUCAUCAUCACCAAUUGCAAGAAGCUCAAUCUCGAAGAGCCAUUAGAUGUGGCAGUUUUUGCUUGCUUAACAACCAUCUUCUAUGUGACAGCUAGAGUAGGAGAAUUCAUCAUCCCACGUCUAAAUGCUUUCGACCCGAACACUCACAUUCCACCAACUUCCUAA